CGCAGGGCUCCCAAACAAAGGAGAAUGGCUGCGGAAAAUCACUCUACAGUGGUAGAGUUCAUUCUCGGGGGACUAACAAAGAGACCAGAGCUCCAGCUCCCCCUCUUUCUCCUCUUCCUUGGGAUCUACUCGGUCACCAUGAUAGGGAACCUGGGCAUGAUAACACUGAUUGGUCUGAAUGCUCAGCUUCACACGCCCAUGUACUUCUUCCUCAGCAAUCUCUCACUCGUGGAUCUCUGCUACUCCUCUGUCAUUACCCCUAAAAUGCUGGUGAACUUCUUGUCAGAGAAGAACAUCAUCUCCUAUGCAGGGUGCAUGUCACAGCUCUACUUCUUCAUUGUGUUUGUCAUCGCCGAGUGUUACAUGCUGACCGUGAUGGCCUAUGACCGCUACGUUGCCAUCUGUAGGCCUUUGCUUUAUAACAUUAUCAUGUCUCAUCACGUCUGCUCCCUGCUGGUGGCUGUGGUCUACGUCAUGGGGCUUGUUGGCUCAACAAUAGAGACUGGCUUAAUGAUACAACUGCCCUAUUGUGAGGUCCUCAUCAGUCAUUAUUUCUGUGACAUCCUCCCCCUCAUGGAGCUCUCCUGCUCUAGCACCUAUGAUGUUCAGAUGACCGUCUUCUUUCUGGCUGGAUUCAACAUCGUAGUCACCUGCUUAACAGUCCUUGUUUCCUACGCCUUCAUCUUCUCCAGCAUCCUGCGCAUCAGCACCGCAGAAGGAAGGUCCAAAGCCUUUAGCACUUGCAGCUCUCACCUGGCAGCUGUGGGGAUAUUCUAUGGAUCUACUGCAUUCGUGUACCUAAAACCCUCCACAGCCAGUUCCCUGGCUCAGGAGAACGUGGCCUCCGUGUUCUAUACCACAGUGAUCCCCAUGCUCAACCCCCUAAUCUACAGUUUGAGGAACAAGGACGUAAAGGCUGCCAUACAGAAAACACUGAGAAGAAGAAUGUUUUGA